AUGGAGCAGGAAGUAGAAGAAAAAUUAGAGCCAAUAAAUUUUAUGUGUAAGAAUGAAAAGUUACAAGAUGAUAUAGAUGAGAAAAAUGGAUCUCAUACGAAAAGAACGGCUUUGUUAUAUAUGAGUAAUGAGGAGGAGAGUUAUUUUUUAACAGAUAUAUAUCCCUUAUUAAAAAGUUAUAUGAAUGAUUGCUCUCCAUGUUAUUAUUAUAGUAAGUCUUUUUUUUUUCGAAAAAACAUAUUAUACCUUUUUUAUUCUAUGAUUCAUAAGUUUAGAAACAUAAAAUACAUCAUUGAAAUUUUUAAUGUUUGUUUAAACCUGAUUAUAAAUGAAAAUGAAGAAUAUCAAUUAAUUUGUAUUGGUAUAAUUUCAGAAAUUUGCAAAUUGCAUAAAAAUGAUCUACUAUUAUUUGAUAUUUAUAAAUAUGUUAAUGUUGUUUCUAUGAAUGUUUUAAAAGUUUUUUAUCGAAAAGUUAUAAGUAAAGUAAAGAGAGGGAAAUUUUUGAAGUCUGCAAUUAAUAUAUAUAGAAAAAGACAUAAAAAAAAAAAGUUCUUACGAAGUUGCAAGGACUCGUUAGAAGUUGUUAGAGAAAUAAUUUUAUCAAAUUACAUAAUAAUAAAUUUAUAUCCGCAAUUGUUAAGCAAUAAUGAAACUUUUAUAAAAAUUUUAAGUAAAAUACUUUCAGUUCUUAAUAUAUUAGACAUUAAAUAUUCCAAGUCUUUCUUUAUAGAAUAUAUUACAUAUUCAAAAGAAUUAAUUUUUAAAGCUGCAUAUAAUUAUCAUUUUCGGAAUUCCUCAUUACUGUUAAACAAUAAUUGUUUAGAAAAUGAAGAUAAGCGGAGAUACUUUUUUUAUCCACAUAAUAUCAAAGGGGAUGUUUACAGUUAUUUAUUUAAUGAUAUAAUUACCUACUCUGAGAAAUCAAAAAUAGGACAAAAUAUUGAAUGUUCUAAAAUGAGUAAUUUUAAUACUGAUAAUUCAAUUAAUCAUAACGAAUAUUUUAAUGAACACAAUGUAUUUGAGGAAAAUCAUAUUAAAAAUUCUUUAUCGAGUGAAUACGUAAGUGGUUAUAACAAUGAGAAAUCAAGUAUCGACAUGUGUACUAGUAUCAGUAAUAAUGAUAAUAUUAAUAAGAAGAUGGGUAUGGGAUACUAUUCCUUUAACAAACACAUAUUAAAUGAUAAUGGAACGAAUACACAAAGCAUCCCAUUUAAUGAUAGUCGUCGUUAUUUCUUGAGAAAUAAAUUAAGGAUAGUAAAAAAGGAAUUUUACAAAUAUAUAGAUUGUGACAUAUUUGAGGUUGAUUUCUGUAAGUUGUCUAAUAUUGUGAACUUAAAAAACAGCGUUAUUUAUAUGUUAUGUUAUUUUUUAAGGAUGAGUACUAGUAGUAAAUAUUUUCAUUAUAAGGAGUUUCUAAUAGAAAAAAUUCUUGAAUUUUUAAAAUAUGAUACAUGUUAUUAUUCAAUGGAAAAGAAAAAGAAAUUUAUUGAAUAUAUUCGGUUUACGUUACACGAAAGUUUUAAGGAAAAUAUAAAAUAUUUUUUAAAAUAUUUUUUAAAUCCGUCUACAUAUGAGAAUUAUUUAAAUUAUAAUAACACUUUUUUAAAUAUACAUGUAUUUAUAUUAAUACAUGAUAUACUUUAUUAUUUUAAAGAUAAAAGUGUAUGGAAUUAUAAUGUAAUAAAAUGUUGUAUAUUUAAUUAUUCAUUUGUUAUUAUGAACAAAAAUAGCUUUAUUUUUAUUCAGAAUAUAUGUGUUAAAUUACUAGUUCACAUAAUUGAAAUACUCUUCAGAAUGAAUAGUAGAAAUGUGUCCUAUUUUUCUCUAUAUUUUGAUAUUUUAAACAUAAUGUUACAUAAGAGCAAUUCAUUAAAAUAUGAAUUGUUUAACCUGUACAACAAAAUAGUGAAAGGUAACAUGAAUGAUAUUGCCGAUUUUAAAAGGCAUAGAAAAAAAGGGAAUACGAACAAAGUUUAUAACAAAGGCAAUAUAAAAAAAAAAGUAAACUAUUUUUAUUCACACAGGAGUUAUGUUAAAUAUUAUUCAGAUGAUGCAUUUUACCCCAUAUUAUUAAGAAAUUCUUUAGAGGAAUCUAGGAAAAAAAAAAAAAAAAAUGUUUUACAAAAAAGUAUUAAUAUGAAAAUUAGCUCAUAUAUGGCAGAUUAUACUUGUAAAGGUGGGGGAAAAAGAAGAAAAAAAAAAGUAAUUGAUAAUAUUUAUUAUAAAAUUGAGGAAAAUCAGGAUGUGAAUGAAUUGUUAAGAGAAUACAAAUAUUUGUUAUAUGCCAUUUUUGCAUGUAUAAAAAAUAAUAUUUUUUAUAUUUAUUUGUUUUUUAAUAAAGAAGCAAUUGUAAAUAAGCAAAAGGAAGAGAAUAGUCAAGAUGUGCAGGAAAAUAAUGAAAACAACUUACAGGACUGUGAAAAACAUGAAAAAUCCAAGGAGGGUGUGCAACAGGACCAUUGUUUGAAUGAAACCAUUGAUGAAGCAAAGAAUGUGUCACUAAAUGAUAAAAAUGAUAAACAUGUAGAUGGAAAAACUUACAAUAAUGAUAGAAAGGCGUCUAAAAAUGGUAAUGACGUAUAUAUAAGGAAACAUAAAAGUAGUGAAAAUAACCUAAAUCGAAAUAGAGAAAAUAUAUUAUUGAACGAAGAUGUAAAAAUGAAUUAUAAUGAAUGUUCUAAUGAGAAUUCCUUGGAUGGGGUUAGUAACGCAUACCUUAAUAUGGAUGAUGUUUCUAAUAAUUUGUACAGUAUGUGUAAAACGUGUAUGAGCAAUAAUGAAAACAAUGGUAAUAAGGGAGAAUUUAGGAAUUUUACUGAUAGCAGGAAUUCUUUUACGCAUAAUCAAUCUUGUUCAAAAUUUUUUUGUGAUAAUAUGAAUAAGAUUAACUAUAACACAGAUAGCAAUGAAUAUAUACCUUUAAAUUUUUUAUCCAAGAAUGAUGAUUUUCUUUUUAAUAGUUACAAUUGCUUAGUUAGGAGUAAAGAAAAUAAAUUUAACCAUAUGAACCGGAAAAGUGAAAAUACAUGUGCCAUUAAAAACAGUUAUACUAGUAGCUAUGCAAUUGAGAAUGAUUUAUCUAACUAUAUGAAUGCUUAUAAUAAUGAAAAUGAAAAGAAGUUGAACAUUAUUAUUUCCAGUUAUAUUCCAGAAAAGGGCAUUUGUUCUAAUUAUGAUAGUAAUAAUUGUAAUAAUGGUAAUUCUAUUAUUACAAAUAAUCAAUAUGAAACUAUUAAUGAUAAAUUCGAAAAUGCAGGGAACAAUAAUUAUGUAUAUGAAAAUAAUAAUUGGAAUAAUUUAAGUACAGAACAAAAUCUUAAUUUUUAUGGUAUGAGUAAUUGCGACCCUAAAUUGAUUGAAGAUGAUAGAUGUGAAAAUAUUAAGAAUAAUGAAAAUGAUUUAAGCGAAAAGUGGUCAGUAAAUAAGGAGAAAAAAAUUGUAAAUGAAGAUGAUACCUUUGAAGACAUGUACGAUAUACAGUAUACUAAUUUUUCAUAUUUGGAAAAUGAGUCCGCUCUUUGUUAUGAACUGAAUGAUGAAUGGCUAAAAAUAAUAUAUAAAAUAUUCUACCGCAUGCUCAUAUGCUCCAUUUUAUUUAAUUCUUGUUUUUCGUUUGUUAGUGUGGUAAAUUUAAAAAUUAAAAGAGAAAGUGUAAAAAGAUGUAUGAAAAUAAAGAUAAUGAAAAUAAGGAAAGCGUGUGAUUCUGCUGAUCUAAAAUUUUGCGGCAGUGGUAGUAAAUAUUCGCACAUUAAUAUGAAUGUUAAUAAUUUUUUAAAAGAAGACAAAACAAAAGUUUUCCAUUGUGUGAAUUAUAUAAAAAGUGAAGAAAAAAAAUUAUUAUACAUGUGUGCCAACAUUCUAAGUUGUUUAAGUCGGAAUAAUUUCCAUGAUUUUAUGAAUUAUUCUAUUGAUAUUUUAUUUAAAUUACUUUUUCAAUAUCCGCAAAUAUUUUAUAUUUUUCAAAUACUUGGUGCGUUGAGCAGUACAAGUUUAUUAUUUUGCAAAGUUUGUUUGAAUUAUUUAAUUAUGAAGAUGAAGAAGUUUCUAAAAAUUAAAAAUAAUUUCAAACCAUUACUUUAUUUUAAUAAAAAUAUGAGAAGUAAAUUGUUAAGGGACAUAUAUUAUUACAAAAUGAUGUAUAAGUUGUGUUCGCCGUACGAAUGUUUAAUUAACGUCUGCGAUACUGAUAAUUCAGAAUCAAGCACAACAUAUAUUCACGAAUCAGCUUCUUGUAAGGAUAAAGGUGCAUAUAGAACAUACAAUUUGAAUAGUGGUAAAUAUUACAAAACUAGAGAGGAUAAGAGGCUAUUAGAUGGUCGGUGUUCUUAUAUUUACAAUGGCAUUAGUGCAAAAAAUGAAUUCAACUUAAUGAGGCAAGGAGGUAUAUAUGCGUUUGAGGGGUUAGUGAAUAAUAAAGAACGUAAAACAAAAAGAAAUAUUUGGAAUAAGAAUGUUCAAGGAAAAAUAUUAAUGUCUUUUCCGAAAAACACAAAAUUGGAUAAUUGUAUACCUUUCAACAAACAGUAUUAUGUAUGUAAUAUAAAGAAGGAAAAAAGAAAAAGGAGAAGAAGACAUGAGCGAAUAUAUAAAUCUGGGAUACCGAUAGAUUAUUUUGAUUCGCACAUUUUAGAAGAAUAUGAAAAUGAAGUAGGUCAUAUGAGCAAUCUUGAAUCGAAUUAUAAAAAUGACGUCUUAUUGAACAAUAUAAACUUGUUUAAAGGAUUUAGAUAUCAUCAUGAAGUAAAUUUUGAGCAUGCGGAUCAAAGUCAAACUAAUAAUUUAGAAUUAGAUUAUUCAAAUGAGGUAAAAAAAAAGAGAAAUACUGAUUAUAUAUUUUGUGACUUAGGAAAACGUGAUAUAAUAAAUCCUACAAAUUUUUUAUUUAUUUAUGAUGGUAAAUUUUUAAACAUAAAUGGCGAAAAGAAAAAAAUUAACAAGUAUAUACAUUACGCACAAUUUAAUAGAAAAAUUUUAAAUUACUAUUUAUCAGAUGAAAAUGAGAGUUGUACUCGUUCACUAUGCAGAUUUAAUUUGCUGAAGAAUAGAAAGAAGGAUAAAAAUAUAUUAAAAAUGCCUGUUACGAACAAUAUGACAAUGUUUGAUAUGAUGAGUGCAAAAAAGUUAAGAAGAAAGAUAGCAAAAAAGAAAAGAAAUUUAACGUCUAAUGAUUAUAUUAGAACAGAUCACCAUAUUAUGGGGUAUAAUUCGUAUUCAAUGAACAAUACAUUUAAUAGUUAUUUGUCAUAUAACGAGUUAACCAUAAAACUUAUGUACUUUAUUUUGACAGUGAUAAAAUAUUACUCUAAUUAUUACGUUCAUUUUAUAAACGAGCUAAAAAUGAUAUGUGAUAUUUGUUUUGACAUAAUUUUGAAAGAUAGUAAGUGCAUUCAAGUGAUUAAUUUAUUAAAAUCUCUCCUUGAGACUAUAUGCUUUGUCACAUUUGCAAAUGAACUUAAAAUGAAUAAUAAAAAUGAAAAGGGACUUAAUUUUCAGCUUGAAACAUUUUUUCAUCCCUAUAAUUUAAACUAUGUUAAACUUAUGAAAUAUAUGAAUACAAACGUGAAUGCGAAAAUGAGUCCAAAUAUGAGUGAAAAUAACAAUUUAAUGGGAAGCCUUUAUAAUAGUGUAUAUGGAUAUCAGAACGUGAACAAUGCAGAGAAGGCUUUUUUAAAUGCGAAUGAGGAUAGAGGUGAGCGUUCGAAUACUCUUCAGAAGGGAAGUAAAAUUACUGAGGAUAUCGGAAAUAACGACAAGUCGUUUAUUGUUGGAAGAAGUGGAAAUAAUUACCUUAAAUAUAAUAAUGAGGGGUGUAAUCAGUUACAAGGGAAUAAGAUAAAUUAUAAGUGUGAUAUAAAGGAAAAUUUUUUAAUUGAUCAUUUUUUAAGCUGGUUUGAAAGGUUAUAUUUAUCUUUUCCAAAAUUAUAUAGGAUGUUAUUUUGCGAAAUGUGCUUACAGUUACCAAUAAAAAACUUUAUGAAUGAACAUUUUCAUAUUUAUAUGAAGUCUUUAAUAGUUUGUUUAAAUUCAAAAAAUAUAAAUAGAAUAAAAAUUGCAUUAAAAUCAAUUGAGCAGAAUGUGUGUACUGUUAAUAACAAUGAUAUAAAAUGUAAUAUUUCUUCUUCUUUUUUUUAUAAAUACAAGAAUGGAAAGAAAUCGUUCAUUUUUACUAAUUUAAUGAAGUUAUUAAAAAAUAAAAUUUCUUUUCAAUUUAACUUUAAUAGCAUAUAUGAACAGAAAUAUUAUUUAAAUGAUUUCUAUAGAAAUUUAUCUAAUAAUUUCCUGUGUAAAAUAGGUGUAAUGCAUAGGAGGAAAUAUCUAUUGGAGGGAGAAGUAAAUAAAUAUUUAAAUAGAGCAUUUGUGGAAAUAUUAUAUACUAUCUUAAGAAUAUAUUGCAAAUUUUACGAAAAUAAUGAAUUAAUUAACAGUUAUUAUUAUGAUAUUAACAAUAAAAGUAAUGUAAAAACAAACUUUAGAAUAGGUUUUUUUUUAAAAAGGCAAAUAAAAGAAAACAGCAAAAAAAGGUGUAUCCAGGAUGUCCAUGUAUGUAGAGAAGCAUUGAAGGAAAUUAAUAGAGGCCUUUAUCGAAAUAAUGAACAAAAGGAGCUCUUGAGUAAUAUAAUAGAAGAAGGUUCAAUGAGAAACACUCUGAUAAAUUUAAAAAUAGAAAACACAUGCUCUAUUGAUAAUAGUAAUAUCAGUAAUUACAAUAUAUCUGAUAAUAACAAGAAGCGAAAAGGCAUAUUACUUGAAGAUGAAAAUGAAAGUACACGUAAUGAAGAGGGAAAAGUAACAAAUAUUAAAACGAAUGAGUAUAUGUACAAUGAAAAAACAAAAAAACAAAAAAAAGAAAAUAUAGAUGAACAGAUCAUUAAUAGUGGAAAUAGAAAAAAGGUCAGAAGAAAGUCAAGUAACGUUGGUCAUGCAAUUAUAAAAGAGGAAAAAAAGAAUGAAAAAAACCUAGAAAACGAACCGUCUGUAAUUUGUAAUGCAAAUAUUGUUGAAGAAGUAAAUUACAAUCAAACAAUACAGAAAAAUAACAACUGCUUGCAUAGGAAUAGUAUGUCAAAUAUAGGAGAAGCUGAAUCAGACAAGAACUGUAGCAGUUCUUGGAAUAAUUUUAAUUUGUUAAAUUUACUCAUGAAUGAUAUUUUUAACAAUAAGUUUGAUAGCGUUAUAAAUCACAUAGAUUUUGAAGAAACGUUAAAUUAUUGUUAUAAAAUUUUGAAGACUACAAUGAAGAGUAAUAAUUCAAAGUAUUUGUAUUAUUAUAAGAAGUCUUCAACAAACCAUUUUAGGGGAAAAUUUUUUAUUAGGAUGCAUGCAGCAACAAAAUUAAGGUGGACAAAAAAGAAAAAGAGGAAGAAGAAGAACAGAAAUAAAAUGUUCCUUUUUUUUAGUUUUAAAAAGCUAAAAAAUGUGAAGAAGAGAAAGAUGUCUGAUGAAAUCAGAGAUGAAAAAGAAAAAGGAUGUAAGAAAAUUAAGGUCAGUUCUGCUGUUAUCGGAAAAGAUACAAGGAACAUUUAUCCAAAUGCUAACGGUGCAAUGAGGAUAGAUAUUUGGAGGAAUGAUAAUAAGGAACAUUGUUUUGAAAGGUUAGAUGAAAGAAGUGAAAAGAAUAAGAACAUAUUUCAAACGCAUUCUGAAAAUAUGAAUAGUCAUCGAAGUGAUUACAACUGUAAGGAUCAAAGAAAUUAUUUAUAUGAUAAAAAAAUGAAAUCAUUUUUUAUACAAAAUACUAAUUUUAAUAAAUAUAAAAGAUUUAUUGAUAAUGAGAAAAUGAAAUAUUUCUGUAAAAGUGAUCUAUGUUUUAAUUGCAUUCAAAGAGAUUUGAGGAUUAAUUGUUACAGGAUAGUAAUUACAAUAUUUAUUUUCAUAUUUGAUCAUGCAAAGUGUAUAUCAGAAUUUUACGAAUAUAUGGUUAAGGUUGGUUCUAUGAAUAAUGAUUUUAAGAAAAGAGACCACAACAACAGUGUUAGUUGUUUAAAUGAUGUUAAUAAGGCAGAAGAAGCAGAUGCUACUGCAUCUACGCAGAAGAAUUUAAGUGGUUGUAAUGUGUUUUUCAAAAAAAGAUAUAGUAAAAGAACUAAUUUAAGAAGGGGAAAGAGUUCAAAAUAUGAAGAUUUCAUAUUUUCUAGCAAAAUAUUUGCAGAAGAUAACGAAUCUGCGCAUAAAAAUUCUAUUUAUGAUGAUACUGCCUUCAGAGAAAAAAUAAAUAGCAUAUGCAGCGAUGAAAAUAAAAGGUAUUCAUUCGAAACGUGUCAAUGCAUAAAGUAUCUAUAUAAAUAUACUUUUAUUUAUAGAGAUAAUAAUAAUAAAUUUAUAAGAAAAUUAAUGUACUGUUUUUUAAUUUUGUUAAUUGAAAUAAAUGAAAAAAGACCAAAGAAGGACGAAAUGGUAGGAUUCAAAAGGAUAGUACGAAAUAAAAAGGAUGAAGGAAAUGUGGGCAUUGAAUCUAUUAGGGAAAAUGAGAACAGAUGUGAAAGCAAUUGUGAUGAUGAUACAUGGAAGGAUAUAUUAAGGCAAAUAGUUAAACAUAUUAUUAGGAGAAUUUCUUUGAUUCUAUCUAAUAGAUUUGUACUAUUGGGAAAAGAAAAUUUUAUUUAUAUGAAGUAUCAUAAUAAUGAAAUGGAUGUAUCAUCAUUUAUUUAUACAUUUUGUAAUUUAAUAGAAUAUCACCCUCAUUUCGUACAAAUUAGUGUGCAAGGUUUAAAAUUUGUGGAAAAGGUUAUAAAAACUGUAUUAAAGGUGCAACCUGUGGAAAUUAAAAAAUGCUUGAAAUCUUGCUUUUUUUCAGAUUUAUGUACGCAUAUAUGUAAUAUAUGUAAUGAGUCAAAAAUCAAGAAGAAAAUUUUUGGUUUAUUAUUAUUAUUAAAAGUCAUUAGAAUUUUGCACCCAUAUUGGGUAAAAUAUAAUAUAUACAGUAUCAUUCAUAUGUUAUUAACUUGUUAUGAAAGAUCAAAAUUGAAAUAUGUCCGAAUUGUACAACUGUUAAUUGAAGAAUGUUUUUCCUUAGUAAUUUCAUCCUUAUAUAUCGGUUACGUUGGUGAAAUUAAUACAUACAUUUUAAAUAACAUAAAGACAGCUGACAACACAUUUGUAGAUGAUGUAAAUAAUUUAUAUACUAGUAACAGCAAUGUUAAUGACAAAGAUUUUAGGCUAUUAAAAUAUGUUAAGAAAGAAACAGUUAACAAAAUAAAAAGUGACGUAGAAAAAAUAAGAGCUUUUUUUGGGACGAAUGAAAAGGCGGCGCAUCGUUGUAGUGAAUCUGAUAAAUUGAAGCUACAUCAUUCGACUGAGACGAAUGAAAAUAAAAACAGUUCCAUAAAGGAUAAACGUUUAUUAAAGGGAACAUGUUUUUGGUAUAAUAAGGAUGAAAUAUACACAUGGGAUAUUCUGACAUUAAGAAAAAAAAAUAAAAGGAAUGAAAAGGAUGUAAGAAAAAUGAGUAAAAUAUUAAUUAACAUAUUAAAAAUAUUUAUUUAUAAUUUAAAUAAAGAACAGAAAGAUAGAUAUUUUAUAAAAAAGGCAUUUGUUAUCGUAGCAAAGAUAGUAAGAUCCGAUGUAAGAGAUUUGUUAACAUAUAAAUAUUGUGAAAAAAAUAAUACAUGUUUGCAGGAUUUAUUCUUGAAGCAUUAUUGUAUUACUAACUUUAGGAAAGCUUCGCUAAAUCGUAAAAUUACUUACGUAGAUAUAUACUGUUUUUUUCUAUCACAGAAACCGUAUAUAAAAUUUGAUUUUAACAUUAUAGGAAAAUUAAUAGAGGAUAUUGUGCAAAUUAUAGAAUGUUUAGGAAAAAAGGAUGAUAACAAUAAUUAUUUCAAUUACAUUCUAAAUGGUAAUAUAGUAAAUAUGUGUCCAAACAAUGGUAUGAAUAUAAAUUUACAUGAACACGAAAAUUUAAAUUUCAUAUAUGAUGAGAAGUUAAACUUUAACUCAAAUGAUAUACUUAAUGAAUUUAAGAAUUUCAGUGCAUGUAAUCUUAAUUUGGAUAAUUGCCCAAAAAUUAUUAAUAAUGCUAAUAUGUUAGAUGGAAAAAAUUAUCCUUAUACUAAUGUACACAGCAGUAAAGACAGCAUGAAUGACAUGGUUUCUAAUAUGUAUAACAGUAAUCUCAAUGAGCAGAAAAGUAAAGAAUUACAAAAUUUAUAUGAAAAAAUAAAAAAAAGGGAUCGUAACUGUUUUUUUCCAACUAAAAUGGAACACUUGACUGGAGGGGAUAAUAAUAAUGAAGAUUAUAACAUAAGUAUAGCUGUAAAUGAAGAAAGGAAUAUGUUAUCAGGUAACAUUGAUAGAAUUUCUAAACAUUUUAAGGAAUAUAUUGAUAAAAAAAAUUACGAAAAUUAUAAUAUGGAUGAUACUAUAAAUUAUAAUGAGCAGAGAGUGAAAAGAAAAGUUCUAAAUUCUUAUUUUUCUUUAUAUUUUAAUAAUAAGUUUUCUGAGUGUACAGAAGGAAACGAUGAAAGAAGUAUGCAUAGAUUUAGUAAAACGCUGAAUAAUAAUUUUGUAAUGGAAAAUAUAAAUAUAGCAGACAACUCUUUAGUAAAUUAUAACAAAGAAGGAAAUGACAAUAUGAUGGAUAAUUUAAUAAAAUGGGAUGACCAUUUUUACACAGAUAUAAAUAGUGAAGUGAGAAAUAGAUCAGAUCUUAAUAAAGAUAGUAUAAACUAUAUGAAUAUUUAUAAUAAUAAUUAUUUUAAUAGAAAUGUAAACAAAGGUACAUCAAAUAAAGAGGAAAUAAUUUAUAAUUAUGUAAAUAAUAAGAAUGUCAAUAACGUAAAUAGUAAUAGUUCUUUUGUAGGAGAAGAACAAUCGAAUUAUAAGAGUAGUUUAAUUUGUGGAAGUGCGCAUGAUCACAAAUUGAACAAUUUUGAAUAUACGAAAACGGAAAAUUUAGGUAACGAUAAUUUAAAUUAUAACGAAAAUAAAUGCAGCUUAACUGAGGAGAAUAGAAAUGUUGAGAUGAAUAUGAAUAACAUAAAUUUAGGUGACAGCCAAAAUAUAAAAUUUAGUAGUAACUAUUACAAUAUUAAUAAUAAUAGGAAAGAUGAGUAUAAAAACUAUUACCAGGACUUUUAUUUAUACUUUAAAGAUAAAGAGGAUAUGCAGUUGAAUCAGGUUAAGACAUUAAUUGACGAGAAAGAGAAACAAAAAUAUAAAGAAUAUACUGGUGUUAGCACUGGAAAUGAAAUAAAAGAAAAUGGAAGUAAGGAAUAUAUAAAGAAUUUAUUAGAAAAGGAGCAAUUUGUAAAUGAGGAAAUUGCAGAGGAGCAAUUUAUGAGGAAGCAAUUUUUAAGAGAAGAUUAUAACAUUGUUAUUGAAUUUUUUAUGUAUUUUAUGAUGUUCGUAAGAAUUUAUUAUUCUCAUCCGCUGUAUAAGUAUUUAUUGCCAGUAGUGAAUUCAGUGACAUGUGAGAAGCACAUAUAUCUAUACAAUCGUUGUAUACACAUAUUGCUUAAUUUUUUAUUUAGCAAAGAGAAAGAAUUAUGUGUUAGGGCAGAAGAGAUCUUAUUUUAUUUAAUAAGAAACGAUGAGCAGGAAAAGGAUUUAAGAAAGAAUGAAAAUACGAAUAUAAUGAGAAAGGAAGACAUUAAAUCUAAAGUUGUGAAAAAUAAUACAAAUAAUGCAGAAUUAACAAGAGGUGUAAAAAGAUUAGAAGCAAAUUAUCCAAGUGGUAACAAUACAAAAAAUAAUAUUUCAGUGGAUAGAAAUGUUUUUAAAAAUGAUGGUAGGUUUAGUAGUUCGAAAUUAGUAAAUAUAAACAGAACUUUUUUAAAUAUUUGGAAAUUGAAUAAGAGUGAUUUAAAAUUAUAUUUGAAGUCUAUUUUAUGUAAUUUAUCAUAUGCCUUAAAAAAAAAAUGUUAUCCGCUGAGUAAAAAUUUUAUUGUUGGUCUUAGUAAAAUAUACUGCCUAUUUCCUUAUCUCUUCUCUUCAUAUUUAUUGCAAGGGUUUGUUAAGUACAUAGAGCUAUUUAAUGAAAAAGGUGCAUAUGAUAAAAGUGAUAGCAAAGAUGUGGAGCAAAUAAUGGCAAUUUUUUAUAACUUUUUUAGUAUAGCCAAAUUGACUUAUGAUCAAUUUAGGGAUAUAGUUGAUUUGUUAUUAAGCAUUCAUAAGCGUGUAAAAAAAGGAGGUACUCUUUCUAUAAAUUAUUUGAACGAGUCGAAGAAAACAAUGGAACAUGAAAGGAGUUAUGGUAGCGGUUUGAUAUUUAAUGAAAAUAGGUUUAGUAACAUUAGUGAAACUAUUGCAGAUGAAUACCGCUCCAUUUUCGAUAACGGUAAUGUUGAUAGAGAUCGAAAUGUAUGUGCUGAAUUGUGUUUUAAGGGAAAUAAUUACCAUACCAACAAUAAUGGAAUUAACACAGGCAUGUUCGAAAUGAGGAACGAUAUGUGCAAAAGUGUUAAUAGUUGCAUAGGAAAUGAUGUAGAUAAUAAUACGAAUACAUAUAAGGAAAGAAGUGUAUUAGAAUAUUUCAUUGCGAAUAAUAAUAAUAGCCGUAUUGGAAUAAAUAGUUUUUAUAAGUACAGUUUAAGCUUGUUGUGUUGUAACAAUUACGAACAUGCUUUUAUGUAUUUUAUGAAUUCUAGACAAAACUACAAUUUGUUUUCAUGUUUUGUGUCCGUAUUAAAUUUAAAACAUUUAACUGGAUUAAGAAAAUACAUUUUUAAUAAUUUUAAUUUCCUUACUAGUAUUCUAUUAAGAUAUAUUUCUAAUGUUAGAACAAAUGCAGUUUUGUUAAAUGUAUUUAGUAUAUAUUCUUUUAGUAUAAAUGAUGAACUAAUUAAAGAAAUUAUCACUCUUGAUAAUUCCCAGUUGAAUGAUUUUAUUUACAAAAACGUUGAAAUGAAUUUGGAAAAAAAAAGCAUAUUAUACUUGCGAGAGGGUUUAGAGAUUCUUAUUGAGAAAUCUGGUGAAGAAGAAGAUAAGGAAGGUUAUUUCAAUGGGAAAGGUCAAUCUAUUAAUUCAUCUCUUUUUAUUAAUAACAAAUUUAUAUAUAAUUUAUUCUGUGUUAUAAAUGUCGUUCACGUUUUAGUAAAACAUGAACCUUCUUACAUUUAUAUGAAUUUUUAUGAAGAAAGAAUUAAAAGAAAUAAAACAAGUAUAAUUGAAAUAUUGUAUGUAUGUGUGUGUUAUAUGAUUAGUCAAUAUUUAUUUUUGGAGGAUAAUAAUUUCUAUCUCUUUUUGAAUAAUAAUGAGUGCAAAAAAUGUGUUAAAAUAUUUAUAAUUUUCUUCCAUUUUUCUGGGGAUUUACAUAAAUACGUAAACUUAGAUGCUUUAAAUGUAUCAAAUGGUGAAGUUGAAAAGGAUGUACCUAAAACGUUAGGAAGAAAUAACAAUGGGUAUAAACGGAAUGCAUUCGAUAGUAUGGAAAAUAACAAGUAUUUAUUUUUUUUGAGGACUAAUAUGUUUAUUAUGCUAUCUUUUAUUAUAUGUACAAGUAGAAAUAUAAAUUUCAGUUAUUUAAUUAAAUUUUUUAGAAAACAUGCAAUGAGAAAUUUAUCAUUCAGAGAAAAACGAUUUUUGUUUUUUACUGUUAUACAUAUUUUGCAUAACUUUAAUUUUUCAAUUCUAAGAAAAUUUUAUGAAACAUCUGUGAGAUUUAUAAUUACACCAAUAUUAGAAGAAUAUAUCCGGAUUAUUGAAAAUAUAGAAUAUAUAAUUUUUCAGGAUGCUGAAAAUAGGUUAAUAAAUACACAUGAUAGGGAGAACACAAAUGGUUUGAAUAAAAACGGCAUUUUUAUGAUUUUUCUUGCCAAACUGUUUUCCGAUUCUUAUAUUAAUUGUUUUAACAAUUUUAAUACUAAAGUAGAGAAGGUGAAUAGUAAUAAAUGGAAGAAUAUAUAUAACCGGGACUAUGCAGAAAAUAAUCGUGAAGAUAUUUCUUUGAAUAAUAAAGACUCAAAUAAUGGUAGGAUUUAUUAUAACAAUGGAUUUAGUAAUAAUAAUAGCAUUAAAUGUCGUAAUUAUGAUGUGUAUGUAGAUAUAAGACAUAGGGAAGAGCAUAAUGGUGCAAAUUUAAAGUAUAAUAACGCAUACGGGAAUAUAUAUUGGAAUAAUAAGUACACUACAAUAAGGCCCAUUAGGAAUGAGGAGAAUAGUUCUUUUAUAUAUAAGUUGAAUGACAACACAAAUCCAUCAACAGUGAAUAAUGAUUAUUGUUUAUUUCAUAUGUCAGUAUUUAGAGGAGAAAACAAUAUUAGAUUUUACCCUUUUUAUAGUUAUAAUUUAUUUUUUAAUACAAAUGAAAUUGCGUACACUUUAAAAGCUUUACUAGAUUAUAGAGGUCGUUGUAUGGAAACAAUUGCAAAUAAAUUAAUUAUAUGUAGUUUGCUUAUAGAUAUUGUAAGAAAAGUGAAAUGCAAAAGAAAUAGACGUUUGUUAUUUAUUUAUGUGAGAAAAAUUAAUAAGAAGUUUAUUUAUUCUCCUUCAGAAUAUAUAAAGCAGUUGAGCAUUCGAAAUAUAAUUAGUAUUUAUAAAUAUUACUUUAGUAAUAGAAUAAGUGAUUUGAGAAAGAUUUAUCCUUAUUUAAUAUUUAGCUAUAAAAAUGAAGAAGAAAAUUUAAUCAGAACAAAUUUGGAAGAGUUGAAAAAUUUAAUUACUUUGCGUAGUGUGCAAAAUAGGAAUAUUUCGUAUAAAAGUAAGAUUUGGCAAUGUUAUAAAAAAAGAAAUUAUUUAAAUUAUUUUUAUUUUAACGAAUUUAGAAGAAAUAAUAGAAUAAUGGACAAUAAAGAACAAAAUGAUUUAUACAGCUAUUAUAAGAAUAUUUAUUUGUAUAAUGCGGGUAAUUACACACGAAAUUUAUAUCAUUAUGUGUUCAAAAAUAACAGUUUAAAAUGUUAUGACUUGUUUAAUCAUAGAAACUUCGUUAUUAACCUUAUAAAAAGGGAUGGAAGUAUUUUAAAUAAAUUACACAUAUUAGAAUUUUUGUUAGAAUAUAAGUAUGAUUUUUUUAAUAUAUACCCAUACGUAAUAGCUUCAAUUUUGAAGAAUUUCAAAAAAUUUACCGAUAAUAUACAUAUUAAUAGUACAAAGAAGCAUUUUUUAAUAUUUUCCUUAAAAGCUGUACUUGAAUUAAUAAAAUUCAAUAUUUUUUGCAGCUGCGUGAAUGAUUUGUUUUAUAUAAAGAAUAACAGAGUUGUGUUAAAAAAGUUCAAUAAUGUCGAAAAUAUAGAAGCAGAUAAUAAAACAGAAAUAGCUUAUUGUUUUGAGAAAGGAAGCUCCAAUGGACAUGUUGACACAACUAUGGUAAGUUACAAACUGAGGGAACGAAAGCGGAACACCAUGUUGAAUUGCAAUAAUAAUAAAAAAAAAAUUUCAUCUUGUUACGAGAAAGGAGGACAAACCGUUCAUGAAAAUAAUGUAGGAAAAUGCAAAAAUGGAUAUUACAAAAAAAACAAAACAUUAGCUCAAUUAACAGAUGCAAUGUAUAAUUAUUAUAUGAAAACUAUAAAUGAUGAUAAAAGACAGAUUUUUCUUAUCGGUAUUGUCAAUGUAAUUAAAAAGUACAAAUACAUAAGUGUUAAUUUUAGUAUUUUGAAUGUUUUUACGAAUAUGAUUAUUUCUUUUUUAAUACAAAAUGGAAAUGAGUUACAUGAAAAAGAUGUAAGGAAUAGAAUUCUUGUUAUCCUUGAGGAUAUAUUAAGAAUUAAGGAUAAUGUAAAGAUUAAGUAUUUGGAUAUGUAUAAGGUGCUGAUGAGUUUUUAUCAGUUAAAAUGUUCCAAAAAGGAGCGUUUUAGAAAAAAAAAAAGUGUAAUAAACAGUGUCGAAGAGAAUGUUAAUAAUAUGAAGAGUUUAUCUUUAAGUAUUAACCAGGUUGAUACUCAGAAUGACGAAAAUAAAAAUGGCAUAAAUAAAAAUGAAAAGAAUAAGAAUAACGAUGUAGUAACAGGGAAUGUUUUUGAAACUAAUAAUUAUAAUAAAGAUGGACAGUAUAAUACUCAAAAUAACAAUGAUUCAUUUAAGUUAAAUAAUUACAAUAAGGAAGAAUUAAAUGUACUUUCACAUGACACUGGAGGAGUGGACCAUUUAAACAAACGUCCUUUUACUAGAAGGGUGUCAUGUGAAUUGAAAAAUAUGGAGAACCUUUUGAGCAUGUGUUCCAUGGAUAACACAAUGAAGUUGGAAAAAAGUAAUUAUAUGAAAAGUGACGCAACUAGGAAUAAUGUGAUAGAAGGAGACUCUAAUUUUAAUGUUAAUGAUUGUAAUAGAAUAAAUAAUAAUCAAAUAACAAUUAUUAAUAAUUCAUAUACAUUUAGUGAUAUAAAUAAGGGAAAAAUUAUUAGUGAGAAAAUUACUAAUGAGGAGAAAAGUGUUAAUGGGAAAAUUACGAAUAAGAAUUACAUAAAUAAACUCGAAUGUAUUUGUGAAAUAACGAACAAACGAUACGAUAAGUAUAUUAUAAAAACCAUUUAUAUGAUAUUAGAAGUGCUCUUCAAAUAUGUAAAUAAAAGGAAUAUUUGCAAAAAUUUACAUAUGUUAAGUUGUAUUUUCUGCUUACUAAUAAAUUCUAAUAAUGUGAAGAUUCAACAGGCAAUUCUUUUUUUAAUUCAUCACAUAAUAUUAUCACAUAAUUUACUUAUGCCAACUUUUAUUAAUAUAUUAAAUAACUGUGAUAUUAAGGAACAAAAGCGUAGAAAAGAUAAAUGUUCCCACUUUAUUUUUGAUAGAAGUUUUGAAAGGGAAGAAAAUAUAUGUAAGAAAAUUGAGUUUUUACAUGAAAUGUUAAUAUACAUUUGUCUUAAUGGAAUGGAUGAAUAUAAGAUGACAAAGGUGUAUUAUGUAAAUAAUGUGCUAUUUGUUAAUGUGAAAUUAGAAACAAGCCUAAGCAUAUUUGGGCUUUUCUGUCAAAUUCAUAGUAGGAACAUAUCAAAACAGUAUGAAGAUUUAAUUAGAUUUCUUUUAUUGCAAUUCUUAAGUAAGUUAAAGUGUAUAGCACGCUAUUGCUUUCAGAAAAAGAGAAAAUUAAUAGUUCUCAAACAGUUAAUAUUUUUAAUAAAUAUGAACAUACAUUUACUCGAAAUGAAAAAUGUAUUAUACUUUUUUGAGAUAUUACAAUUAUUACUACAAAUGGAGCGUAAAAAUUGUUCAAACUUUAACUUGUUCAUUUUAAACAUUAUUGAGAACCAUAUAACAAAUGUAUACUCUGCUGGUGAUGGAAGCUUAUAUAAAUGUUCCUCUAAUGUAAGUUCUGCUGAUAUGUCUUGUUCUUCUUCUUUUGACGAAGAUGAGGAGAAUAGAUUAAGUAAAAGAAUGGAAAUGAAAAAAAUAAUAAAUGAAUUAAACGGAAAAACGAGGAAAAUGUUUGAGGCUAGCCAUUACAUAAAGUACAUAAAUAGUAUGCAUACAAAAAAUUGUAACUUGCGUAUUUAUAUGUAUAAUUAUAAAAUCUUAAAUAGGUAUCAUUUUUCGAAGGAUAGGGUAAGAUAUGAAAAAAGAAGGAAAAGUAUGCUAUACAGAGAAGUACUUCAUAAAAAAAAGAAUAGUAGAAAGAAUAAUAAUAAUAACUUAUGUACACAUUAUUUACAUAAAAGGGUAAGUGAAAACUGUGCUAUACUUAAGAAUAGCUGUGAAAAUGCAGUUCCUAUUAGUUGUAAAAAAGAUAAUAAAAGGAAAAUACUCAUGAAUAAUGAAGAUGGUAAAAAAAAUACAAAUAAAGGGAUAAGAAAAAGAUAUUGCAAAAGAAUAAAAUUUUAUGAUAAUUUAUAUGAAAGAAGUAUUAUUGAGGAAGUUUUAUGUAAGGAUAUAUUUUUAUUGAGGAAGAGAAAAAAAUUGAAAAAGAUCAUAUAUAAUGAAAAUGAGAACUUACGUAUAAAUUUAUCUUCUGAAGAGAAGGCUUCUAUAAUAAGUAAAUUAAUUAUUUUUGACUAUUCUGAUGACUAUUUUUGUUACGUAAAAUAUUAUGACAUAUUGUUGCAUUUUAUUAAAAAGGAAAAGGAAAAGUAUGUUGAUAAGUUUCAUUUUAUUGACAUGAAAAAUAAGUUCUUAAGUUAUCUUUUACCAAAUAUUCUAAGAGGGACAUUUUCUUUCUUUCCAAAAAUUAAACAUGCAUGUAUACAAAUUUUUCAGAAAUAUUUCUUAUACAACGACCUGUUUGAAACUAUAUGUUUCUUAUUUAGGAAUGAUUAUUUUAAAUACAUUAUUGACAAGUAUUUUAUAUCCCUUUUUUUACAUAUUUUAUUUUCGUUUUUUAAGCAUAAUGUUGAUACAUAUGUUUGUAUAGAAAAUCAAACCCAAGGAUUGGUUCCAUUUUUGUGUAAGAAGAAAAAUGAAAAAAGUGAAAAAAAUUUAAAAAAUGAAACUAAAAGAAAUAGACAUGUUCUCAAAACACAAAGUUUUGAUAGUAAUACGAACAACAUGAAGAACAAUUCUAAAAUUAAGAAAAAUAAUAUAGCAGAAAAAAGGGAUGUUGAAAUUAAUACAGAAAACUAUAAUGAUGAUUUUAAUAGUUGGAAAUAUUAUUUAACAAAAUACUGCAUAGAGCAACAACUUUUUAUAAAUAGAUGCAAAGAAAAGUUCGUUAAAGCCAAAUAUUUAUUUAAACCUAUAUUAAGUUUAGUGAGUAUUUUUAAGGAUUAUUGUAGAUACAUGUGGAUUGAAAUUUUUCCUCAACUUUUUAAUAUUUUAAGUAACCAACAAAUUAAUCGUUUGAAUUUUUGUAUUGUACAGUUUCUUUAUAAUUACAUUAGAAUUUAUGAAUCGUUCGCAAACUAUUAUAAAGCUAGUAACUCAAGAAAUGAAGGAGAAACCAUUUCUAAAUUUAGUACGUGUUGGAAUAAUAACAAAAUAUACCAGAAUAAUGUGUUUGCAAAUGACUAUAAAAUUAACGUAUUAGAAACCACGCUGACAUGUGUAUUUAAGAUUAACCUUAUGUUAUAUAUCCCCACGGAAAUUAUUUUUUAUUGUGCGAAGAAUUUUUGCACAUAUGAAAUUUCGAAGUGCAUGUUGCAGAUAUUAUUAUUUUCCCAUAUGAGGAGAAUAAGGAAGUUUGAAAGCAGGAGUGAAGUUCAAAACGCGUAUGAUGUUGAAAAUGGGCAGGAAACUCAAAAUAGGAAACAGAAUAGAAAUAAGAAGCCUUGUGAAACGAAGGAUCAAAGUGAAAGUAAGAAGGAGAAUAUGUUGGCUAUAAGUACGAAACAGUUAGGUACAAUAGAUGAAAAUAACGAAUAUCUGGUGAAGAAAAACUAUAAUACUUGUAAACAUAUCAUCAAUUUUUUAUUAGAAAUAAAUAGUUCUUUAAACGAAUAUGAUAAUGUGUACGCUUUAAGAAAAUACUAUGUAAGGAAUAAUGAAUUAUCAAACACUUUAUUCUUUAACCAUUAUAAUCUUUAUUACAAAAACGAAUAUUCUUAUCUAAAACAUUUCAUUAAUUAUGAAAAUUUACAUUUAACAAAAGAAGAAGUAAACAUUAAUAAAAUAAAUUGGAUGGAUAGUUUGAAUUAUUUUAAUAAUGUAACAUCUAUUGAGAGUUAUAUGAAAUUAACCGAUUUAAAGGAAAGAAAAAAUAUUUAUAACUCUACAGCUAUUGAUUUGAGUGGGGGUAUGUCGAUUUCGAAAAAAAAAAAGGAAAAAACUACUGUUUUUUUGAAUUGCAAUUAUGAAUCGUUAAGAAGUAACUAUAUAACAAAUUUAGAUAAGGUUUAUAGUAUAAUAAAUGAUAAUUUAAAAUGUAUGCAAGUAGAUAAAAAAAUGGAGGUUAUAAAUAUAGAGUGUAGUAGUGAAGAAAAAAAGGAUAUAACAACAAAAAUACCACUGGUAGAUGAACAGGUAGGAGGUAAGUCGAUAAACGGAGAAAAUGAUACCUGUGUGAAAAUUGUCGAGAAAGAAAAAAAUGCAAAAGUUGAUAAAGGAAAUUUGAAAAAAAGAAAUGUAAAUGCGAAAAGCAGAAAGAGUGGAAGAAAUUGUUUAAACAGUUUAACAUCUAAUAAAAGAGAUAACGGAAAAAUUCAAACAACUAUUGAUGAUUACUUUAAGAGUGAUAAAAACAGUUUAAAAGUACAAACGUGUGUGGAUACUAAAAACAAUGACGAUAAUAACAAGAAUGAAAAUGACAUGGUUGAUAAGAAAGAUGAGAUCUGUGAUAAAGUUAAGGAUCUCCCAAAUAAUGGGAAUGAAAAUGAGAUUUGCAUCAAUCAUAAUAAUAAGAAUGUUUGUACCAACAAUAACUAUUUAGCCUGCAUAAAUGAGUUGAGCGCCCUGGAAAAUAUAUGUUGUGGUGGAAGUGAUUGUAUGAACAAUAUUGCGCAUUUAUACUUAGAGAAAAUAAUUGAUAAGUUAAAAGAAAAUAAUGACAUAAUUAUUGAGAAUAUAUGUUAUAAUGAACAUAAUGGGAUUGAUGAAAUAGAUACAGGGAAGAAUGAAUUGUGGAAAAUUAAUUCUGGGCAUAAAGAUAUGUUAUGUAAAGAAGAAAAUAAAGUCUUAUAUAACAUGAAUAAACAGGGUAACACACUCCUAAUGAGAAAAUUAAAAUUUGAUUUGAAGAGUAAACAUAUAAAAAGAGUUAAAGAUAACAUAAAUGAUGGAAUGAGUUUAUUACUUAAUAAAGUUAGGCAAUUAUUAAUUUAUAAAAAUAGUAACAUGAGUAUUUUAUGUGCACAUGCAGAAUUAUUUGAACAUGCAAGAACAAGUAUAGAAAUUAUAAAAGAAUAUUCUAUAAAUAGAAAAAAUACAGAAAAAGAAGAAAAAGAAAUAAAAUUAAUAUACCUAUUACAUAACUUAUUUAAUAUUUGCAAUAAAGACAAAAGUAUUUAUUUUUAUGAAGAUAUUAACAAUAUGAAAUAUGAUUAUCUGUGGAAAGUUCUUUUUUUAAAAAUUUGCAAAAUAUUUAUGGAGAACUGUGGUUUGCUUUCCGUAUGUAAUAAUGGAAGUGUAGAAAAUUCAAAAAAGAAAAACAGUUAUCGCGCGUUAUGUCAUAUUAAAAAUAUGAGAAAAAUGAAUAUUAUGUCCUACAGUUAUUUUCACAAAAUUUAUGAGAAUUUUAUAAAUUAUAAUAAUAAUACAUCCGAUGCGAAAGGAAAUUAUAUGUAUAAGAUAGAAAUAAUAAAAAUGAAUUUAAAAAAAUUAAUUAAGAGUAACAUCUGUAGCAACACUUAUAAUAUACCAUAUAAUAUGCUUGAAAAAUACAGUACAGUGUGUGAUGAAACUGAUUUGUGUAGUAAAAAGAACUAUCACAGAAAAGAAAGAAGAGUAAACAUAUUUCAUGAGGAAAAUUUUAUGUAUAUUACAAAUAUGGAAUAUGAGUAUUUUAACAUAUGUAUUAACCUUAAAAAAUUAGAAAAAAAUAAUUUUCUUCUUAGGGUAGUGAAGAAAUUGAAAUGUUAUAUUAAUUCAUUAAAUCUUAUUAACACUUUUAAUUUUGAUUCCUUGCCAAUUGUUAAUUAUGAGAAGUUUAGAAGUGAGUUUUUUUAUAUGAAAGGAAGAAUUCUAUGUAACAUGAAUAAGAUUAUUUUAUUUUUGUAUAGAAAUAACUUUAUUGAAAAAAGUACUAAAUCAAAAUGUGUGGGUUGCAAGAACGUGAAUAAGGGUAGCACGAGGGGAGACGUUGGAAAUGAAAUAAUAAAUAUUAAGAAUGUUAUUCAAGGUGAAAAUAGCUCCAAAAUGAAGAAGAUCGAUGAAUGUAACAAUGCCAAUGUAGAUAGGAGCAAAAAUAAUGGUAAUAGUAAUAGUAAUAAUAAUGAAAAUAGCGAAAAUGCUAAUAAGAAUGACGACAGUAAUAACAAUGCCAGUAAUAAGAUGGGGGUUCACAAUAAAAAUCCAUUGGGGGAGAAAGAGGAACAUAUAAAUAGUAACACAUUUAUGGAAAAAAAUGAAGAGCAGACUAAUAAUAAAAACGUAAAAAGAAGGAGAAGAAACAAGAAAUUUCAAAAAUUAAAUAAUGAAAACGUAGAUGAGAAUGAGAACAAAAAUGUGAUAUUAGAUAAUAAUCAGUUUUGCCAGAAGGAAACUAACAACGGAAAGGAAGAAAAUAAAGAGAAACAGAAAAAAAGAGUUAAAACAGGAAAUAAAAAAAAACAACAAACGAAAGAUAAUGUCGAUUUUACUUGCAAAUGUGAUAAAAAAAAAUAUUAUACUUUUGAUAGAAAUUUAAUUGAAGAAUGCUUCCUUACAUCAUUAAAAAUGUACCCACUUAAGAAUAAUUCGUGGAUUGUGUGGGCAGAUUACUGUAAUAAAACUUUUAAGGAGAACAAAAAUACAACAUUUUUUUUAAGUUCAUUAAUUUCUUAUCUAAUUUACUCAAGUUUGAAUAUACAUAAAGCAUUCUACUACUUAAGUAACGUAUUUUAUAUGUUAAAUUAUAAUAAGAACGACAAUUCGAUAAUUCAGACGUUCAAUAAAUACAGCGAUAACAUAUCCCCAAAUAUCUGGUUAUUCUAUCUACCUUUCUUAAUGAACAAUGUAAAUGUGAAAGGGGAAAAUUAUUUAUAUUUUCAUAAAAUUUUUUAUGUUUUAAUGCGUAAAUUUCCACAGGAUAUAUUUUAUGACUUCAGAACUCUUCAUAUAGAUAGAAAGGACAAAUUAUAUUAUUUGAAUGAAAUUAACAAAAAAAUAGGAAUAAAAAGUAAUUCAUUGUUAAUUAGAAAUAGUUAUAAUAUUUUGAAAAAUACAAAUAAGAAAAAUUGUGAAAAGAAUAAAUUCGAAAUUCCUAAUAUUAAACUGUCAAAUGAGAAAGAAAAAAGGAGUUCUCACAAAUAUCAAAAUGAUUCCAUUGAAAAUGUUAAGAGCAGUGCCACUCAAAUGUUAUAUAUUAACACAGAAGAGGAUAAGGUAUGCAAUGUUCAGAAUAUGAAAACGUGCAAUAUAACGAAUCAUAAAAAUAUGGGCAUAUUCAAUGUACCUACUGAAAAUAAUAACAGAGGAACUUGCACAAAUUGUGUCAGUAGCAAUAAUGGAGAUAGUGCAAUUAGUAUAAGGAAUAAUGGACAAAUUAUGAUGCAGAAAAUGAAUAUGGUAGAUUUUGGUGCAAAUAGUACUAAUAGGAAAACCCAAAUGGGUGUAAAUAAUACAGAACUAACUGAUGUAAUAUGUAUGAACACUAGUGCAAACUCUGUUUCGAAUGAUGUCGCGAAUAUUAGCACGAUUAAUACUGCUGCUACACGUAGUACAAAUGAAUACACAUAUUCUCAUUUAUUCAAAGACGGCUUUGAUCAAUUAUUGAAUAUAUAUAAGUGCAAGCACUCGGAUAUUUUUUUAUCGUUGGAUCAUAUAUGCAACGAAAUUUUGAAUUACACCAGAUUUCAGGCGCAUGAGGAAACCUUUCAUUUUGUAAAUAAUUUAUUUAAUCAGUGUAUGGAAUUUUCAUAUUCUCAAAUACAUGUAUCUAAAAUUAUUCAAAAAUUCACAGAAAAACAUAUUAUGUAUAAGCGAUAUAAGGAAAAAAUAAAAAAAAAUUAUAUAACUAGUAGAAAGUAUACUACGGUGAUUAAAAGAAUGAAUAUAUUUUGGAGAGAAUUUAAAAAGGAUCUGAAAUAUUUAAAAAAAAACGCGCGUAUUGAAAAGAUUAUAAAUACAAAAAAAGAUAAGGGAGUAAAAUCGAAAUUAUUUGAAGGUCAGAGAAGGAAAGAAAAAACAGAUAUGGAUAAUUUAAAGAAUGUUAAAAUAAAUGAGAAUCAGUAUAAAGGUAGUUUCUUUUCAUUAGGUAUUUUCACAAAUUUUGUCAAGAAAUGGAAGGAUAUGCUUUUUAUAAUUAUUUAUUCAUUAAAAGAAAAUCAACAUUUAGAGGAUUUCUCAUAUUCCUUAUAUGAUAUGUUUUCAACUUUACCUGUAAAAGUUGAACUACCUGGACAAAGAUUGAAAUAUAUAGGAGAAUUCUUAAAUUAUCACUGUAAUUUAAACCUAUUUGUUCCUACGAAUAUUAUCAAAUUAAACUCGUCCAUUCUUUCUACUGUUCGAAACAAUUACUUUUUGAAUAAAAUUAGUUUAUUAACAAGUGAUGGAAAUAUUUAUUAUUACACAAUACAACCAUGCAAAUUUAUUCGUUACAAAUCAGAACAUAAAUUUAUGUUAUUUCAAAUUUUGUUAAAUAAUAUAAUGUUUAAGUUUGCACACACAAGAAAGAGAGGUUUAUCACUUAAAAUAAACAUAAAUACUCCGUUACAUCCUUCUUUUAGAUUAAUGGAUGAAUCUACUGAAGAUAUUACGCUGAAGGAACUUUAUAAUGAUUAUGCACUGGUCGUCAAAAAAGAAAAAUAUUCCAUGGAUAAUAUAUUAAUGAAUCACAGAAAUCUCAUCAAAAAUACAAUUCGCACGUUUUUGAUAAAUAAAAUUGUAUCCUUACUUGAAGAAGAAAGGGAAAAAAUUGAUAAAUGUGUAAAGGUUGAAAAUGUUAAAAACAGCGAGCAAAAUAAGGAGCAAAAUAACGAGCAAAUUAAGACGAAGAACAACUCACCUAGGAGGAAAAAUGAAAAAAAGGGUCUAGUACAACUGAAGACUAUUAAUAAUGAUGAAACCAAUAGAUGUAAGAGGGGAAUAACAUCAAAAAUUGAUACAAUGGAGGAAAAAACUUGCAAAGGUAGCGAAAAAAUAAUAAAUGCGAGUAAUUCUAGUGUCUGUAACACAUAUGAAAAUGGAGAAAUCUUACGAGACAUACGUUAUAUGAAUUAUGGUUCAUUAUCUUAUGAAGAAUUAAUAUACUUUUUAAGUAAAAAUGAGUGGUUUUCUGAGGUCUUUAAGGAAUGUGAAAGGAAAAGCUUAAAAAAACAUUUUAGAGAUAUUUGUAAAAUGGUACCCAGGAAUAUAAUGAGAAGUUACUUUUAUUCUAUUCAGAAUAACUUGGAAAGUUAUUAUAUCUUGAAUAAUCAAUUUGUUAGGAGUUAUUCACUAUUGUGUAUGUUAAAUUAUAUAUUCUUUAGGUUACAUAUAUCUUUAGAUAAAAUACUUUUGUCGAAGCGUUCAGGUAGAACUACGUAUUUUGAAGGAAAACCUUUAUAUAUGGAUUUAGCAAUCGCAAAAGGAGUGUACAGAAAAAUCCCAUUUAGACUAACAAGAAAUAUUCAAGAGUUUAUAGGUUUCGAAGGGUUAAGAGGUUCUUUCCCUUCUAAUUUUUAUGCAGCAGUUAUGGCUUUAAAGAAAAAUAGUAGUUAUAUAAAAAACUUUUUAAAUCUAACUAUUUUGGAUGAUUUCCUUUCGAUACAUAUUUAUAAGGAGAGUCGAAAGAUUUUGCAAAAAAGAUCAACCAAAAAACAUGAAGAGAAAUUGAACGCAUACAUAAAUUCAUUUUAUAUAGGAGAUUUAGAAAAAAGAAAAAUUUUAAAGAAUGCUGAAGAGUAUGUAAGUAGCAUAUGUUAUCGAAUUCUAUUUCUAUAUAAAAACAGAUUGGAGAGUAGAAAAAGCACAUCAGUAUUAAAAACCGGAGAUAGUAAAAAGGAGACAGAUAUAAAUGUAUAUGAAUACUGUUCAGAUUUACAAGAUAUAUCAUUUUCAGAAAUAUCAUCGGAUAAUAAUUCUGAAGAUUUAAGUAUUAAGGAAGAUACAAAUGUGAAAAAUGUGAAAAAAACGAAUCAAAAAAGGAGUAGGAAAAAAAAAGAAUUACAACCCAAAUUAUUGAAGGAAGCGUGUGACAAUAAUAGUGAAGUCACUCAAAAUAUAAAAAGUACUGUCUUAAAAGAUAAAAUAGAUAAUAACAAAAACACAGUUGAAGUGGGUAACAAUAUUCCAAAUAUUGAAAAUAGACAAACGAAUAAAAAAUCACAAAGUCAUGCACUUGUCGCAGAUAAGGAAACAAAUAACGAAUCAAAUGCAAAGAAUAACACUUAUCAUAAUAGUAAGCAGAAAAGAAAAGUUAGAACAAAUAAAACUGCAGAGAAAAAACAAAACAAUGAAGAACUAAAGCAUGUAGAACGCAUGUUAGAACAAAAAAAGUUAGAACAUAUUAGUAGCAAAAAUAUUAAGAAUAAUAAAUUAAAUGAUGUUGAACAUACGAGCAAUGAAGAGACCUUUACAGAAAACUGCCAAAUGGGAAAUAGGGAUGCUGAAAAUACUACAGGGAAAUGUUACGAAGAUAAUGAUGUUGUCAUUGAAAGCAUUCAGCAAAAUAUGAAUCACAAAAUAACAGAAAAAAAAUACAUUCAGCAUGUAAACAAUUCUGUAAUAGAUUUAAUGGAAAUAUCUAUGAAUAAAAAAUACUUAAAAAAUAUGAAAGGAACGUGGUUUCCGUGGUUUUAA